AUGGCAACCUUGGAAUCACAAAUUUCUGAGAGAAAGAAACGACUUGAACUUCUUAAAAGUAAGAAUCUAGCUGUGAAUUUAACAACUAAUCAGCAGGGUACGAAUGAUGGGGAACAGCUAAUUGGGAAUGACAAUGGUUCUACGCCUGUCGUGAGAAGUAGAAACUUUGAUUUGGAAACCAAAAUGCCAAUAUCUGAACCACGUUCUUACCAUGAGCUUGGUGAAACUGUGGAAACUUUAGCUUCAAAGGUAGAACAAGAAAUGCUAGUGGAUCUUCGUAAGAGGGCUAAAGAAUUAAUGACUGACUCAAAUCGUCCGGUAGAUUCUUAUGGGCAAUCGGUCCUUAAGACUUCAACCAAGAAAUCAACGCAUGACUUGAAACUAAAACUUGCACCAUCCCUUGAAGAGCUUGAGAAGCGUACAGAUGAGGCCAUAAACAGGAUUUUGCGAAAGCGGUUUUUUAUUGAUAAUCAGAAGGACAACUAA